GCCAUGCAUCAACAUCACCACAGUAAGUAGCUAUGGAUCCAGCCAGCCUGGCCCUAGCGCAGAGCCUGCCCAUGAGUGUGCGUAGGACCUAUACUGCUCUGGCAGAAUACAGCGAUGUCCCUAUAUCUCGUACCACUUUUGAGGUGAUUGGACCAGAGCUUUGUAGACCCGACAUACUGCCAGAGAACGUGUACAACAUGGACGAGACAGGAGUGAUGCUUUCUAUGCUAGGCUCUAUUAAAGUUCUAGUAGGUAAGAAUAAUCGAAGAGACUAUAGAGGUGCCGGUGUAAAGCGGACGAUGGUGACUGCCGUUGAGUGCGUGUCGAUGAAACGAGUGUUCGACCACCAAACCAAAGCACGAGCUAACCAGAAACCACGAAUGCUAAUAUGUGACGGCUUUGGCACACACGAGACUCUUGAAAUACUAGAGUUCUGUUUUAAAAAUAACAUUACUCUAUGCCGACUUCCCUCUAAUACCUCUCACAAGCUCCAGCCCUGCGAUGUUGCGGUCUUUGCUCCACUAAAGACCGCUUAUCGUGACCAGGUAGAACGGCUAUACCGAGGCGGUAUGACUGCGAUAAACAAGGAGCACUUCACAGCUCUAUACUACCCUGCAAGAGAGCGGGUAAUGACUAUGAAGAACAUCCUCGCAGGAUGAGCCAAAUCUGGUUUGUCCCCUUUUAACCCAGAUAGAGUACUUAGAGACAUCGCAAAGCCAGUCUCCGCCGCACUUACCCUAUUGCCUAUCCG